AUGUGGCUCCUCGCAUCGGUGGCUACUCGUCCGUCCGGUGAGGUUAGAAGUUUAAAGGCGCUAUCAACUGCCGCAAUGUCCGAGUCCUCGGCUAACAUUCUGAUUCCACAACAACCGCCGUUUGUGCUGCCGUACAGGUAUUCGCUAGACGCUUCCUGGGGUAGGUAUAGCGUCGCUUUAAUUUCCGGUCUUAUUAUGUUAUCUAUAUUCUCCCAAGCUGUCUUCUGGAAGGUCCCCAUCCUCAUCAGGUGUACGGUGGAGGGAAAGAAGAAGGUUUUCAAUGCAUCGAUUCGUUGCCACGGCGCAAGUUUGCUACGCAUAAUUUUGAGGCCUAUGUUUGUCAUCUCCUCUAAAGAUGCCAUGUGUGGAACAAUGUUGAAGCCAACUUGCGCUCCCAGGAAGGUUGCCGCUUCCCCCUCCUGUAGCGGUAUAACAAUUCAGUUCCCUAUAUUUAUAGUGGAGUGUCUUACUCCGACCAGGGUCGGACUGGCCAAUAUAACCGACUAG